GUCAACUUCCGGAAGUGGCAAAGGGAGAUCUUGAUCAGGAGCGUCCACCGCUGUAGCACAAGGUCGUACAUCGGAAGCCGGGGUGCCCCUCGAAUCUCUCCAGGUGUCCACAGUUUCCCUUCGUUUCAGCAUCCAAAGUGGAUUGUGCAUAGAUGCUCGGGUCUGAACAAUUCGUCGCUUGGAUGCAGAAGGUCCUGCCUUUCAACAAGAACUCGCAGCGCACCCAGAAUCAUGCACCCAAGGUGGCCUGCAACCAAUCGCCACAUCACAGACCCGUGCUCCCACAUUCAAAACAACAAAAUGACAGCUGCCACUCGUUUGGAAUGGAUACGGCUGAAUUCCGCGUGCGAGGCCGUGAGAUGGUCGACUACAUAGCGGACUACUUGGAAAAUAUUUCCCAGAGGCGCGUCACCCCCAAGUGCGAACCAGGGUACCUCAAAGACCUUCUUCCUGACAGGGCUCCAGACAUGCCCGAGGACUGGAAUACCAUUAUGAACGACUUCGAGAGCUACAUCAUGCCCGGGGUUACGCAGUGGCAGCAUCCCCGAUUCCACGCCUACUUCCCUGCUGGAAACUCUUAUCCCUCAAUACUAGCAGACAUGCUUUCCGAUGCCAUUGGCUGCGUCGGCUUCUCCUGGGCUGCAAGUCCAGUCUGCACUGAACUCGAAAUAAUCAUGUUGGACUGGCUAGGGAAGAUGGUGGGGCUACCGGACCAGUUCCUCUGUCACUCGGAAGACAGCAAGGGAGGAGGUGUGAUUCAGACGUCUGCCAGCGAAUGUGUACUGGUGUCCCUGCUAGCUGCCCGCUACUCAGCAGUGGAAAUGCUUAAGAAGCAACAGCCCUUCGUUGACGAAGGGGUCCUGCUUUCGAAGCUAAUGGCAUAUUGCUCUAAAGAGGCCCAUUCUUGCGUGGAAAAAGCUGCGAUGAUCGGAUUCGUUAAACUACGAAGCUUAGACACGGAUGACUGCUUUAGGUUGAGGGGAUCAGUUCUUGCAAGGGCCAUAGAAGAAGAUCGAGCAGCCGGUUUCAUUCCAUUCUUCGUAAGCGCCACAUUAGGUACGACAUCUUGUUGUUCCUUUGACGCCCUCCACGAGAUCGGACCACUGUGCCAGAAAGAGAACCUAUGGCUGCACGUGGACGCAGCUUAUGCUGGCAAUGCGUUCAUCUGCCCAGAGUUCAAGCACCUCCUCAAGGGCAUCGAGCACGCAAUGUCAUUCAAUUUCAACCCGAACAAAUGGAUGCUAGUCAACUUCGAUUGCUCUCUCAUGUGGGUUAAGGAUCGGUUUCGACUGACAAAAGCGCUGGUGGUUGACCCUCUUUAUUUGCAGCACAGCUAUUCCGACAAGGCCAUUGAUUACAGGCACUGGGGCAUCCCUCUGAGCAGACGUUUCCGAUCCCUGAAGCUGUGGUUUGUUGUUCGUCGCUACGGAAUCAACGGGCUGCAGAGGUACAUUCGUGAGCACGUGCGAUUAGCUAAGAAGUUCGAAACCUUAGUAAGAAGCGAUCCUCGAUUCGAAGUGGUCAAUCAGGUUAUAUUAGGACUCGUCUGCUUUCGUCUCAAGGGAUCGGAUCCUUUGAACCAGAAGCUGCUCUCCAGCAUCAACGCGUCGGGAAAGUUGCACAUGGUUCCGGCCUGUCUCGAUGAUCGUUACGUGGUUCGUUUCUGCGUCUGUGCCCAGAACGCCACUGAAGAUGACAUCACGCACGCGUGGGACGUCAUUACGCAAUACACUACGGAACUCUUACAAGUGGUUGACCUCGAACAGGAAAAAGAAGAGAGAAACAAAGAAAACGCCGAAGAAUCCGUGGACGAAGUGUUCCUGCUUGACCGGAAGCAGCAUAGCCUGCGCUACAAGAGAAGCUUCUUCGUACGCAUGGUUUCCGACCCGAAGCUUUACAACCCCAAGAUCGUCAGGGCUCUGUCCGGAAGUACCAGCAGCGACCCACAGCACAGACACACCAGCGAGUCGGACAGCACUCCUGCUGAAGUUGGCACGCCAUUGUGAGCUGUUGUCUCCUGCCCAAUUCACCUUCCCUUCCCAUAGGUGUUCCAUGGAUACACGAUGACCCAAAAUAAAUCGGUGACACUUCAGUGUGGCAACUGCU